AACCCAAUCCAGGACUGAUGAUUGAAUCAAUCCACUCCCUGAUACACUACUAGCAAUCCUGCUACUGUGUUUCUAUCAACACACCCCUAACCCAAGUUCUCUCCAGAAGUUGGAUCAGCCUUGCUUUUCUUAUCACACACACAAGCUAUGAUCUAAGCUCUCCCUGUAUGAAUUAUCUCCAGAAAAGUAUCAAUCUUCUUGUUCUCUUCAGCCUUUUAUUCACCAAUCACAGUACCGUUACUCUUUCUUUCAUUUUCUUCCUUGAAUUGGUUUAUGGCAAGAACUUGAAAACUUUCCUUCUUGUUAUUUUCAGACCGUUCCUUGUUUCUUGUUCUGCACGAAACAUGAGCUCGGUUCAGCCUCAUUUGACAAGCUGCUUCCAACAGUUCCAUGGCUUGAAGGAUGAGGAGGCAAGGGUGCACCUGUCCCGUUUCCUGCAGCUGACGAACGGGUUCAAGCUGAACGGUAUCCCUGAUGAUGCAAUCCGCCUUCACCUCUUCUCCCAUUCUCUGGCGGGGCAUGCUAAGAGGUGGUUGGAGACCGAGCCCCCAUUAUCCAUCACUUCUUGGGACGAUCUGGACGACAAGUUCGUACACAGGUACUAUCCGGCAUCAAAGACCACAGAAAUCCAGCUAGAGAUCACUCUGGGGGCAGAGCAGCAGAGGCAGGAAUUCCCGGGAUCGUGGUGUGCACGCCAUGGAGGCUAGGUCCGGGCUCGAGCAGCAGGUGGCUGAGUUAGUGCAGACAUUGAAGCAGCCCAACAGUCUUAUUCCGGGAAGAGGUUUGGCGGUACCUCCAGUAGCUCAAUGUUAGUGGUGUGAGAGCUCGAACCAUCUAGUGGAAGACUGCCAAGCUAUGUGCAAGUCCUCUACUCCCCAAGAGCAGUUGGACUUCAUCGCCAAUGCUCGGCGCCUUGACCCAUACAACAAUACAUACAAUGAGGGGUG